UGUAUCUCUUGACAGCGGUCCGAGCAGCGGGCUGUCUGUGCAGUGCUUCAGUAUCCACUUGUCUCACACCAUCCGGGUGGGGAGCGAUGUGAGAGCGCGGCUGCUGCUCUAUCCCGGACCGGUUUCAUCCGUCCGCCCAGGAUGAAUCAUUGGACAGCUGAGCCGGACCGCGGCUCCGACAUCAACCCGGUUACGCUUUACGGGGAAUUCACGGUGACUGGUAACCGAAAGGUCAGGUAUGCCGUGAGCUUGACCGACAGGGACUUGAUCGUCCAGAAGCUCACCUCAACACGGAACAAGGUGGUGCUCAGCCUGAAGGACUGCGUCGGUUGCCGCGCUUACCGGGGAGAUGACAACGCGGACCCGGCAGCGUACUUGGCAACCUACUUCUACCCGCUCAAACGGCGCUGGAUGAGUUCCGGGGUGUCGCGGCAGAGAGUGGAGCAGUGCUUUCGACUCGCCGGGCUCCCGGACCCGCGUGCUAACCUGGAGGAAGCCGAGAAGUGGGCUCGAGCUGUCCGAGAGCGCUCUGCCCGGCAUCAGCACCUGAGAGACGGGCUGUCGAUGAACACGUUGUCUCGUCCGUGCCGGAUGAUGCUGCUGGUGAACCCACAGAGCGGGAAGGGACAGGCCCUCACUCUCUACAACAGCCAUAUUCAGCGAAUGCUCAAUGAGGCAGGGGUGCCACACACUCUGGUUAUCACCGAGCGACAGAAUCACGCCCGCGAGCUGGUGAGGGAGGCUGACCUGUCGCAGUGGGACGCUUUAGUCAUCAUGUCUGGAGAUGGACUUCUGUAUGAGGUCAUAAAUGGUUUGCUGGAGAGACCAGACUGGGAGGAGGCCAUCCGGACCCCGCUCGGUAUCCUUCCUGGUGGAUCUGGCAACGCACUGGCUGCAUCUGUACAUCACUACUCGGGAUCCUCACCGGUAUCCAGUGAGGAGCUUCUGGUCAGCUGUGGUUUCCUGCUCUGUAAAGGGCUCGUGUCCCGUAUGGACCUGGUCUCCAUCCAUCUUUCCUCCAGUCCUCGUCUCUUCUCCUUUCUCUCAUUGGCCUGGGGCUUCGUAGCUGAUGUGGACAUAGAGAGCGAGAAGUACCGUCAUGUCGGAGCUGCCCGCUUCACUGUUGGCACGUUAGUGAGGCUGGCUUCUCUCCGAGUCUACAAGGGAAGGCUGGCUUACCUGCCCGCCUCCGAGGACUACAACAAUGAGGAACAUUUGAGAAAAAACAUGACACUGCACUGCAACAAUGAGGCCUCUUCCUGGGGUCCAGCCUCCAUGCUGUGCCGACCGUCCAGAGACUCUCCCUGUGAGAACACCUUCCACAACUCCUGCCACUCCAACAACUCCCUCAAAGUGAGGAGGACGGAGAGCACUCCUUCUCGAAGCGCCAACAAAUCCCUCACUGGCCCACCUGACUCCCUGCUGUUGCCUCUUGACCAGCCAUUGCCUAGCGACUGGGUGGUGGUUCAGGAGGAAGACUUCGUCCUCAUGCUGGCAAUGUACCAGUCCCACUUGGCAGAGGACCUGAUGGCGGCACCAGGCGCCACCUUGGAUGAUAGUGUCAUCCAUCUUUUUUACGUUCGAGCUGGAAUAUCACGUGCUGCGCUGCUGAAGCUGUUCCUAGCUAUGGAGAAGGGUGCACAUCUGGCUACUAACUGUCAACAUCUGGUGUACACUAAGGUGCGGGCACUCAGACUGGAGCCAUAUUCACCCAAAGGGAUAAUAACUGUAGAUGGAGAAGUGGUGGAAUAUGGGCCAGUGCAGGCCGAGGUACACAGAGGCCUGGCGAGAUUAAUCACCGGAUGAACUGAAGCAACAUCAUCACCAGCUUUCAUCUGUGCUGUUAAAGACACGUUAGCAUGUCCAGGUACAGGAGCAACAUGAUGGAUUUUAGACAAUGUUAGCUCAACGGUACAUAAAAAAACCAACAUGAUUCAGAAGAAUGGGAUGAGAUGUAGGUUGGGAUAUUACAAGAAGCAAGUGCCAUAUAUGGAGACCCAAAAUGUUAAAUAUCAAAUCAGAACAAGACAUUAUAAAAGGAAUAAUCACUUUAAUAAACACGGACCAAAUAUACAACCAUGAAAACCUACACAUAGUAACCUACACAUAAUAAUACAUUUCACUGACUCUUUAUGGCAGGUAUUUUUGUUUUAUUUCAAACAAUGAUUUUUUUUUUAAAUUGUCUUUUUCUGUCAGUCAAGACAAACCAGUUUAGUCAGUUGGUUGUCUUGUUGAUGAUUGGCUGUUGCUUCGGCUCUGUCAUGUUUGUCUUGAUUGACAGAUUAAGACUUUCUGACAAUUCCCCCCUGAAAUAAGGUGGACAAGUAAGAUUUUUUUUUUAUUUACUUUGGGAUGAGAAUUUCAUUAAAUUAAUUUAAAUUAAAAAUUAUGAUUGAAGUUUUUAAAAAAGGCAAAAAAACUGCUGUAAUAAAGUAAAAGCUUUUUUAUUGUGAAGAGACAAGAAACAACAAAAUUUCACAAUAAGAUGAGGCCUAAAAAUGUAUUGAAUUAUUGCGCAUUUCAUGCCUUAUUCAUUUUAAACACUUUUGGUCUUCAUAGACAUGAUAGAGCAUCAACUUAAGCACAAACAGCCACCUAAAUAGCCCCCAUACAAAGUGAAUCCAUCGCCAUCUUUAGCUUGCAGUCAUCUUGUUUUCAUCUUGAGUACCGAAGCUAACACAUCAACCUGAAUUACAGCGUCUUAUGCAACAGCGAUAGAUUUAUGCCUUCGUGGCUCCUCUGUUGGAGACUGUGUGUAGCAGUGUGUGUAUGUGUGUGUGUGUGUGUGUGUGUGAGAGAGAGAGAGAGAUGCAGUAAAUGUAAGGUAGCAGGGAUGUCACUGCGGUGCUGUUCUGACAUUGGCCUGGUUUUCACAGAGGUCAUCAAGUUUUUGGCAACUGUUAAUUGAAUACAGAAAGCCUAAAACACUCCAAAAGUAAGUCUUGUUGGGUCAGAGGGUGGAGUCUGAUGAUGGUGCUCAUCUACUCUAACACAAUGCGCUAUAUCUGUUAAUAAUGAUGUUGCCGUUUAUUUUCUCUUGUCAAAGCUGUUUCAGUUGGUCCGACAGCUUUUUACACGCUGGUUUCUGAUCAGAGGCUGUAGGUAUGUUGUACUGUGUUCAGAAGGGUUUGACUCGUUGCCUUAAAGAGCUGCCGGCUCCAUUCUGGAUUCCCAACCAACCAUGUUACUGCUAAUUUCACUUGAGAACAAACCAGUUUUUAAAUAUCUUCAGCUUUUAAUAAUUAGAAUGUUCUCUGAUAUAAAGAGGCACCUUUUAGCUGAGAAGCAGUCCUAUUUAAGUCAGUCAGAGCAGCAAUGUGACGAAUGUAAACAAUGUGACACCUGUCAAAGGUUCCCUCUUGUAGACUCCUUAUUGUGGUGGUAGAGUAAAGAGUGGUAACACGAUACGUGCCAGUAAAACACCUUCACAUUUAUAGAUCAAGGAUACACACCAUGUGUUUGGGUGAGAAACACUGAAUGUAAAAGUAAUGUUAGUUUGCUUGCAACAAAAUUUCCCAGAGCCCCUUUAACAACACAGUUUAAGGGCCAGUUCACCCAAAUUAAAAAAAAAAAAUAAAUUAAUUAAAAAAACCUUACAAAUCUUUCUGAUAUGUAUGCACAUAGACUUUUUCCCCCUACGUUUUUAUUUAGUAAAACUUUAAUUGCAGUAUUAAAUAUUAAGAAGAAAACAUUUUUGGGAAAUAGAAUUUUGCAAUUAUAUUUCAAUCAUUCCUGCGGCUCUGGUGGUGGAUUUAUUUGUAGUUAGUCUGACAUUGACGUCAUUUUAAAUUUCAAAUAACGUAAAUGAUUUUCGCCCCCACGCAAAAUCAGUGGAGGUGAGUAGAGUUUUGCUUGCUGUGCUCAAGUCUUCACUGUCAGCAGUUUAUUUCAGGGCUAUUUCACCUGCAGAAACUAUUUUCAGUGAAAACCGUUCAAAGUGAAGUCUGUGGAUUAGAUGUUGCUUCUUGAGUUAUUAAAAGUCCAUGUUUUUAUUGCAAUACAAACAAAAUAUCAUUGACCGCCUUAUGUGCAUGUAGAAAUCUCAACAGAUGGACAUUAAAACCAAAACUUCCUAAAUGACUCCAUAACACUAGUUAAAAGUAAAAGAAAAAGUUUUUGUUGCUUAUUUUCAUGGUGAACUAACUCUUGAAUCUACCCUUUCACUGCAUUGUGCAUUAUCACAAGAUCUAUUUACUUGGUGCUGAUUCAUUCAGUCAUAUCACUAACUGCAGUAUACAGAGAUGAGGCAGUGAACUGUUGCUCCUCAGAGUAAUUUACAACUCUGAACUUGUGAAAAAUACUUCCUGUUACAUGCUGAAUGUCACCAACUGAUGUCAACAGUGUAAACAUGUUUGAUGGCUGCUGCUGCUGUGAUGGGUGAUUGAUGUGUUUAGUGCCUCCAGUGCUGCAUCCCCCAUCGCCAUAUCUUCUUCUUUCUCCUGUGCCCUCAUCCACCAUCUACUGCUAAACACACACAGGCUGUCCAUGUGGAAGAUUUAUUGAUGAUUAUCAGCAAUGUAUCCUCACCACCAAGCUUUAAGUCAUGUAGAUGUAAUGGCCUAUAGAGGCAGUAAGUCCAGAUUUUAAAUGUUUUUAAUUGUGAUCCAAAUCUCUCUAGAGGUUUGUUUAAGCGAUACAAAUCUUUUUGGAGGUUUGUUUAAAUUAUUUUACAGAAAUCAGACCUAGACAGAAAUACUUUGAAUUCGGAAUCCUUAAACAAUGGCUUUAAUGUUGUUGAAAAGGGUUGGAAUAGCAUGUUGGUGGGUACAGGGAGGGAGGAGGAGGAGUAAGAAGGAGAUAUCGACUUGUUAAAUGCUGCAUGAAGUAGGCGGGGUUGUGUUCCUGAUGCUGCCACCUUACCACAAGGACUCAUUUGGGAGCUGAGAGAGAGAAAGAGUGAUGUGUUUCAUUUCACCUCAAGGCAAACACACACACACACAGAGUAAGUCUAAAAUUAGGAUUCAGGAAAAGGGGGGCUGAGAGUAACAUCCACUCAACUUAAUCAAACCGUUUUAUGGUGGUGAUGUUGCAAAAGUUAGCAUCUGACCACCACUUAUGAUUUUAAACAUGAGUAACGAGAAGUGUCUGAUUUUUAAACCUCGAUUUGCCUGUGAAGCCACAAGGUGUUCAUGAUUUUCAUGUUAAUCACCUCAUCUGCAUUUGACACUGUAAAGAAUUAAAGACCAAAAUUUAUGUCUUCCAAAGACAUGUAUGUUUUCGCACAAUGCACAUUUGUGGCCAGUUCUGUUUGGAAGCCUUCAGGAGACGUCGAAGUUGAUUUUCUGUCUUUUAAUUUCUCAUAUAGGAGUUAAAUUAUGUUUACUCAUGACGGACUCUGCAGCAGGAAUUUAGCUGAGGAGCUACAAGCACAUAAGAUGGAAAAAGUACUUGAAGACACGUUCGUUCAACCUUUCUGUUGCUUUUAGAGGGACAUGUGGUCUGUAGCACCUAAACCUGAGGCCAGUCACUGGAGGAGUUACUAACUGUUAAAAGUGGACGUCCAACACAGCGUUUACUAAACUUUUUGGCUUGUGACCCCUUAAAAAUGAAGCUAGUAAGUCUACCUGCAGCCCAAAUUCAACCAAAGAGAGGUUUUUCCUGCCGAGAUUGUUCCAUUUAUAAAACGACUACUAACAAACAGGGGCCUUAACAUGUGAAAUUACCCAAUAAUUAAUGAAAAACUCAUGCUCAUGUGAUUAAAAAAAAAAAAAAAAAAGUGCUACUGACCCA